AUGGCUAAGAACAGAAAGGUUUCUUUUUUUUAAAAGUACUUUUGUUGUGGAACACAGUCUGACAUCUAAGAACCAAAAACAGCACCAAACACAUAUAUAAUAACAACUACAUUUUGUGAAUAUUUGAAAUUGAAUAAGAAAGAUCCUUCAUUGUAUUCUCUAUAAUUAUUGGAUGGUUAUUAUCAAGACAAGGUAAAAAAGAUUAAAACAUCACAUCCUCUUAAUGAUUUGAUAUUUAGUGAAACAUUAACAUAAAAUACACAAUUGUCAUGUCCAAUAUGUUUUAAAUAUUUUAAUUGUAUAUCUAAUUUAUUAACAAUAUUAGACAUUCUAUCAUCAUGUUGUUGUGUUAAUUAGAUAUGUCAUAUAUGUGCCUUAGAGUUUUAAAAACCAAAGUGUCACUUUUGUUAAAAUGAGAUUUGUACAUAUAUUGAUGCUGAUUCAAAAACAUAAAAAAUAUACACAGAUUCAUAGGGAAUGUAAUUAUUAUCUUUAUAAUUAAAACAACAUUGA